AACAUACCUAACUUAUAGCCCGGCAAUUGUCUAGUAGAGUGAGGUGAACAAAUCUUAUUCUCAGCCAACCUGAAGUUCAAUUUGCGGGGUUUAGUUACGUGAAGAGGAGAGAGCUCUAUGGUUUUAACACUCGUGGCUUUCCGCUUCAUUAGCAACACUCUUCAACGUUCGACAUCAAUUGUUCCGAGGUUGGGACGUUUAUAUCCAUUACCACAGCAAAGACAAUUUCCGGGGUCUAUCUCCUGGAGAAAAUCAAGGAACUUUAGUACUACACGGUACUUUCUCAACAAUAUGACAACCUCGCCGUCAGAAACACUCCAAGAACUCUGCACUCGCGUCCAGAGCAUCCUACCGGAACAGUUCCGGAAAGAUGCAUGGUAUCUCAUUGUUACGGCAGCCCUGGUCGGCUGCAACAAGCCCAAUGAGACAGGCACCCUCUACACAAACCUAGUAGAAAGCGUGUCCGACACGGAAGAAAAACGCAUCAAAUCCCGCAUAAGCGAUGUAUUAAUGAAAGAAUGGACUCUUGUCGGCGUCACACCUAUCGUCUACGCUGUAACUGCCCUGGGAAAAGCAGAAGCAGCAUUCUACGAAAAGAGAGGCAUCACGCUCGAACCUCCCUCAGAAGAUGGUUUACUCGAAUUCCCCGAAAAGAGGAAAAACAUUGAUUUCAACAACCAUAUCCCCGACAGAGGUACAAAAUUCCUACAACAACUUUAUCGUCAGAACCUGGCUCCGAUUUGCUCGUCAUGGGGCUCCUUUGCGAGUGAUUUUAUGUGGAUGGAACGAUCUGUGAUUUAUGGAUUAUUUCUUUCGGAUCAUGAGAUUUUGUCGGCUGUGGAGGCUGAGCUAGUUAUUUUGACGGGGAUUAUGAUUCAGGGGCUCAGUGCGCCGACGAUUUGGCAUUUGAGGGGGUUGAGGAGGUUGGGGGUUAGUGAGGAGGAUACGGAGAAAGUGCAGUUGGCUAUUGAGGCGGUAGCUAGUUGGUCGGGGAGAUCGAUUGAGGGCUGGCCGAGGGUUAAGGAUGUGCCUGAUAUUUAGGCAAAAUAUUGGAGAGAAUUCAUAGAGGUUAAACUGAUGGAUAAGCGCUCAUGAUAGAAUACAUGUUUGAUUUGGAUCACGCAUCUGUCUGCAACCAUACAAGUUGUGUGCUCUCGCUGCGCUCGAAGGUUGAACCAAGUAAACCAAGGAAAAUGGAUAUAGAGUGCUCCGCCUGAUGAGACGGUUACACUACAACAUUUGACCUAGAAUACCGCGGCAUACUAAGAUGUUUGCAAAAACCCGGUAGUCUUACAGUGCGGGGGAUUAUGUUUGUCUGCUGCUCGAGACUCUGCCCGAUUAUUUUGCUAGUCAACAGCUAUCAGGUCAAGUAGAUCUUAGAUGGGCUAGCUAAGACUUGAAUUUUCAUCCAUCGUGUCGAUCAAACUCAACGCCAGUUGAUACCAAGGA